GUUUGAAGUUUUAGGUUUCAAGUACGAAGAUUGUAAGUGCCUGGCCCGGAGAGAACGCUUUCAACCCAGUGCUCAAGGUUAAAGUCGGACUUUGCAACAAUUACAGUGCGCCCUCCUGUUUCAAUGCUGUAAAGCUCUUCCAAUUUGACGUUUCUGACCCUUAUCUAUGUUUCUUAUUCUUUGUAUGUCUAUUAUCUAUGGUUUCUGACGUUUCUGACCAUGAAUAUGAACCGGGUGGUGCCAAGAUAGUUUAUUGUGAUAACCAUUUAUUUGUUAAAAAUAUUCUAAUUAGUGAAAUAUAUAACCUUUCUCAUAAAAGUAUACCGAAAUUAAGAUGUGGAAAGCUGCUGCAGGUACUCAAAUAAAUAUUAAAAGCGACGUCGAAGAUGACGAUUGGGAAACCGAUCCUGACUUUAUAAAUAAUGUAACUGAAGAAGAGCAGAGAUGGGGUUCCACAACUGUAGAGGGCUCAGGAAGGACAGCAGGUGCAAUAGACAUGGAAAAGUUAAGAGAAGAAAUUAAAGAGGAAGAUGCUUUAAUGAAGAAGAAAAUGUUGGAGGAAGGUCCUAAUGCAUCGUAUGGGUAUGGGGGUAAAUAUGGUGUUCAAACUGACCGAAUGGAUAAGUCAGCUGUUGGACAUGAUUAUGUUGGUAAAGUUGAAAAGCACGGAUCUCAAAAAGACUAUAGUACAGGAUUUGGAGGCAAAUUUGGAGUACAAAGUGAUAGAAUUGAUAAGAGUGCUGUCAGUUGGGACUACAAAGAACGUACAGAAAAGCAUGCUUCACAAAAAGACUAUGCAACAGGAUUUGGAGGAAAAUUUGGAGUUCAGAAAGAUAGACAAGAUAAAUCAGCUUUAGGAUGGGACCAUGUGGAAAAGUUAGAAAAACAUGAAUCUCAAAAGGAUUACAGUAAAGGAUUUGGAGGAAAAUUUGGGGUGCAAAAUGAUAGAAUUGAUAAAUCGGCACUCGGUUGGGACCAUCACGAGGCCCCACACAUUCAUGAGAGUCAAGUGGAUCAUAAGAAAGGUUUUGGAGGAAAAUUCGGUGUUCAAACCGAUCGUAUGGAUAAAUCAGCGGUUACUUUUGAUGAUAAAUGCUCCCAAGUUGGUACAAAUUAUACCAAGGUUAAGCCUGAAAUUGGAGAAGCCAAACCAUCACAACUUAGAGCCAAGUUUGAGAACACGCUCUCAGAGCAAACUAGCACAGUGCAGCAAGUUACCCAACAAGCCCCAAGGAAAACUGACUUCAAAGAAAAACUUGCGGUUUUUAAUAACGACACGGCGAAAGAUUUAGGUGCAACAGUGACUUCAGAACAUGUCCCAAGACAAAUCGACAUGUCCAAGUUGGCAUUUUUGAAACAAGAAAGUCAGCAGGACACAAUGACAGGAACUGGAGCAAGGACGACGCCAAAACAACUGGAUCAGACGAAAUUGAGCCAGUUUAGUAGACAAGCAAAUGAAAAUAAGGAAAAUACCUGUUCAAAUCAGGUGAAACAAGAACUGGAAGAGUUACGUCAGUUGCAACAGCAGCAACGCGAAAAUGUGCCAGAAAAGGUAGCAGGACCUCAACAACAAGAGAUUGCACAUGCAGAGGAUCCAAAAGAAUUCCCUAUACAACGACAGGUUAGUGAGGUCCCCCAAACUGAGCAAAUCAUUAAAGAAGGUAUGAUUGCGUCAGCGGAGCCUGAGUUUAUUCAAGAGGAAGAUUUGGUUGACACAGGGCUCACGGCCAUCGCCCUUUAUGACUAUCAAGCUGCCGCAGACGAUGAGAUCUCCUUUGAUCCAGAUGAUAUUAUAACCCAUGUAGAGAUGAUCGACGAGGGAUGGUGGAGGGGUCUUUGUAAUGAAAAAUACGGUCUCUUUCCAGCCAAUUACGUCCAAUUGCAACAGUAAAUGCUUUAGGAUGAGUCAGGUCUCGUAUUUGGGGCGCAAGUACUUAAAAGUGGUUGUAAAGAUGAUAGGGGGAGGGGGAUAACAAAACGGCUCCCUUAUUGUCUUAUGACCUUUUAAAAGAAUAUUCUUGUCCUUGUUAUAAAUGUUUUGCUGAACAAAACUAAGUUAAACAGAAAGCAAAGGACAGAAGAAUAAUUGUAUUUUUAUUGUUUGAUUAAUUUUAAUUCGUUUUUGUCGUAUAAUAUUUGUACCUACAAUUAUUUUUUAUAUUUUAAUUAUCCAUUGUGAAAUUUUAAUUAAUUUUAAGCGUUACCAAGAAAAAGGAUAAAAAGCCAAGGCUUAAA